UGUGGUGUGAGAGUGAAUGUGGAUGAUUGUGUUGGCUUGUGAUUGGUGUGUGAGUCAGCAUUUGAUUUUUGGCUUUGGGUUGUUUUCAAGUAGUGGUCUUGGUUUGCAGAUUCUGAGACAGGGCAGGAAGCAUGCUGGAGAGCUCAAGACCCAGUAUUCCAAAGUUCUUUGUAAAGGACAUUUUAUAAACAAAGUUUUCUGAGCCUGGAAGACACUUAAGAAUCAUCUCCAAUCGUCUUGUCUUACGGACCAGGAAGCCAGUAUCUAAGGAGAUGAACAGACUUGGCCAAGAUAAUAUACCAAGAGGAACCCCUGGGACUUGAACUCAUAUCUCUUCUCAGUCGAGGGUUACUUGUCUUAUGCCCUCUCAAAAAAUGUCUCACAUUGUGCCAGCCCACUGUGAAUAGGCUGCCAACAAGUCACACUACUCCAUACCAACCCUGACUGUCUUCUCAUAGUUGCCCUUGCUCUCAGGAAGGGCCCUGACUCUGACUGGUGGAGGACUCAUAAAAACAUCUGGGGAGGAUCACCAAGCAUAAAAGAUCUUCAUGCCAGUGAGGGCUCAGGGCUGAGGGUCAGACAGUAACAAAUCAGGAUUGGGAGUGGGGAUGUAGGAGUGUUAAUCAGGGAAAAAUCAGGGCCAGAAAGGACCAUCCCAAGUUUUCAAUGAGGAACGCAAAUAGAUUGGCUGAGGGGAGAAGUGCCUGAUCAGAAAGUAUUCUUUGUUUAUUAACUAACGUCACUCCAGCAAAAGUGAAAGAAGAUUUCUGAGAACUUGCAAGAACAAAGGGCACAGGAAAGCUGUCUGGGCAGGGGAUUUCUGACUCCAUUGCUUGCAUAUAAGCUGGUCUUGAGGUCUCUUCUCUCAGUUACCUGUUUCUGCUCUCUUGAAUGCAGUGAUGGCUCCCAAUGCGCCCUGCCUCUGUGUGAAUGUCCAUUCUGAGGAACGGAAAUUGAUGACCUUCACUGCCAACAAGGAUGACAGAGUAAAGAAGAUCAGUGAACACAUCCGGUCCAAGACCAAGGUUCCUGUGCGGGACCAGAUCCUUCUGCUGGGCUCUAAAACACUACAGCCCCAGAGAAAGCUUUCAUCUUAUGGCAUUGACAAGGAGAAGACCAUCCACCUCACCCUGAAGGUGGUGAAGCCCAGUGAUGAGGAGCUGCCCAUGGUUCUGGUGGAGUUACGUGAUGAAGGGCAGAGGCAUCUCCUCCAGGUGCGCCGGUCCAGCUCAGUGGCCCAGGUGAAAAAGAUGAUCGAGGUGAAGACUGCUAUAACCCCUGAGACCCAGAUUGUGACUUGCAAUGGAAAGAAACUGGAAGAUGGGAAGAUUAUGGCAGAUUAUGGCAUCAAAAAGGGCAAUUUUCUCUUCCUGACAUACCACUGCAUUGGGGGGUGACCACCCUAGGGAUGGGGUGACAUCAGGAGGAAAAGAGCUUAUUUCCUUUUCGCUUUUACUCACUAAACACAUCUUUUGAUGGUUUUCCAAAAUUAUUGAGAAGGAAAUAAACAGAAAAAGUAAGAUUUGGGAUGAGGUGGGGAGGGAAUACUUUUCCAACUCUGAUUCUUUGGUUCAGACACAAUUGAUUAAGCGACUAGAUUAUGUAUGGUAUUACUGAGAAAGAAAAUGAAUCACUAAGGCAUACUAGAAACAGCAUUCAAAACCAGCUUACAAUUUAAUUCUUUCUUGGUUUCCUAUGAUUUAUAGAAAAAGUCCUAUUUCCUUUCCUAUUUGACAAGGUAGUAAGUUUUAGGUUGGGAUCCAGGUUUUACUAAUUUCUGUGUUUCCAUGAAUGUUUAGCCCAAUGCUUCAUGUAUAAUAUCACCCAGUAACUGUUGAAUCAAACUGAAUUUCUACCCAUAGAGAAAAGUGAAAUAGAUGAUUUAUUUUGAAGUGAAUUAAUUACUCUGACACAAUCACAAUCUAACUCAUAGAGAAUUUAUAAAUUUAAUAAAAUUACUUUUUGUCUCUUUAUUUAAGGGUGUUUGGUAUGAAAUGAAACCUGGCACGGUACUGCUACCUACCCUCUAUGUCCUAUACACAAUUAAAAUUGUUCUGUCUGGGAAUGGUGGUGGGCAGGGAGGUAUUUUCCAUGGGGAUCUAGAGAUGCCAUGUCUCUAGUGGGGGCUCCUUUGGGCAGAUGCUCUUCAGGUGGGAAGGAACUUACUGAAAGGUAGGGGAUUGGGGACCAGUCUCUGUCCUGCCUUAGUGUCUAGCAAGUCUUCUCUAGGUUGGGGGUAUCAGUCUGGGGGAAGGAGAUAAGGAUUUGGGUUCUGGGCUGACCCUGGUACUCUGCCAAAGUUCUGGCUGAUAUUUUCCUCUCUGCUUCCAUCACUACCAGGUCCUUGCUUCUCUCUUGGAAAAUCAAGUCCCCUCUUUCCCACUCCUUCCUCCAAUUAUUCCUCUCUCUCAUAGUCCUUCUCUCAUGUCUUGCUGCUGGUCACUCGCAAGCUGACUUUUCUUACAACCUGAAACCUGUUCUCUUUCUUUCCCACCAGUUCUAGUCUCUUCUUUAAAACCGGCUGAGAACCAUCUCCUACGGGAGGAUUCCCCACCUUCACUCCACCCAGCACAAUCACUACACUUAAUGGCUAUUCCUCAUCACACUUAUGGGUCAGGUGCCCUGUGGUGGGCAUUGGUCACUUGGCUAGGUUGGCAUUACGUCUCAGAUUGCACUGAUUGCAGAAGAGAGAUCAUAGUUCUUCUUCCGGGAUGGGGUCUCCUCAAAGGUUUCCUCUGCUUUAAAGAAAAACUCUUUGUCAACUUAAGAGACCAUGCCUCUGCCAUCAGACUGGGAGAAAGCUAAAGGUAGUGUCAUGUUGCAUAUCAUCUUAUCUGCAUAAGGAGUCUUGAGGGGUGGUUACUGUAUCCCCCAAGGAUGGGGAAGGUCUCUCCGGUAGUAUGCCUCCUCCCUUUAUCAGCUUAGGAGAAACUCGGAGGGCCAUUUCCCUCCUCCCUAAACCUUUAUGUUUAUAU